UGGAAAAAAAAAAGGAUUUUUACUUCGGAUGUAAUGAGUUAGCAAAACAACCAACCAGCCUUAGCUGGGGAGCUCUCCUCUUGUAUUUCUGGGUGGAAAUAUGAAAGUCUUUUUCUUUUUUGUAAACUAAAAAAUAUUGCAGGAAGAGGAGAAGAAUCAUCGUUGGUUUGCCAUCUUUAUACCUCUCUCUCUCGCGCUGGAAAUGGGGUCUCUGGGGUUUAGAACAGCUCAACAGUUUUAGAAUAAGUGAGUUUGGAGAUUCAUUCUGAGAACCAUGAAUCAAGGAGAUACCAAUAAUGGGCUCGUUCAGAACUCUGGGGGCUCUACAAAUUUGGAAACUGCUAAUGGAUCUUCUCGAAUCAGUCUUGGUCAAGAGAACUACAGUAAUCAUGGAAGUAAUCCCAGUGAACUACGACGAAGUGGAUCAUAUAUCUUUAGGAGUAUGAGUUCUUCUUCAAGAAGAAAUUCUCUAAGUAUCUCGCGUGGUGGUAGUAUUCAAUUGUUAGACGACAAGUGUGAAGAAGAAAUUGCUUCCCAGGCAGGAGAUAUUGGUGAUCGGGUAAUACAAAGCAAAAUGCAUAGUGAGAGCGGUAGUUGUCGGUGGUUCUCUGUGGAUAAUCUAGUAUUUCUUGAAAGUGGAUUUGCACCACCACAUGAGGAGCAAUAUCUGCAAAACAACGGUUGUUGGUUGCAGAAUACAAAUGAUAUAAGCGCCAAGUCCCCCGUCACUCCACUCACGUCAGAGAUUGUAUCUCCACUUCCCACUGAUGGUUUCUUAUGCGCAAGAGAUGGGAAUCAGAGUGGAUCAUUGCAGAAAUCAAGCCAACACUUCCAAGAAAUUCCAUACAACUUGCCCGUUUGGCUGGAGUAUGUUUUGUACUUUGUCCAUCUAGCUGUUUUUGGAAUUCUGGGGAUGCUGACAAGAUAUUUAUUGCAAAAGCUUUUUGGCCCUACAGUCGCUAGAGUCACAAGUGACGAAACAGCUCUCUACCUCGAUCUUCCCUCUAAUAUGUUAGGUUCAUUCCUGAUGGGUUGGUUUGGAGUUGUUUUCAAACCAGACAUAUCCCAUUUUUCGGACUUUAUAGCCGUUGGAUUGAGCACAGGAUACUUGGGAAGUCUCACCACUUUCAGCGGAUGGAAUCAGAAAAUGCUGGACCUCGCUGUUAGAGGGAAAUGGGCUGUGGCUGCAGCAGAGUGUCUCAUAGGUAUAUUUGUUUUCAUGUCCAUCAUUUUGGGGAUUCAAACGGCAAAAGAAUUCAGGUGGAUGAUAAAACGGCGUGGUAACAAAGAAAAUUCACCAAAUGAAAGACCCUGUUUGGGCUGCAACUGGAGGAUAGACGAUAUCAACCGGCAUAUAGCAGUUUUGAUUGUGCUAUUAGUGGUGCUGGGUUUGUUGUGGAGUGUAAGUGGGGUACUGAUGAGCAAAUGGGUUGAUGAUGGAAAACCCCAUGAUUCAUAUCUGUGGUUGGCUUGCAUGGUUGCACCUCCAGGUGUGUGGAUCAGAUGGCUCUUGGCUCGACUUAAUGGGCGCGGGUUAGGAAGGAAAGGGUUGAUGAAGUGGAUACCUUUUGGAACCCUAAUUGCCAAUGUUUCUGCUGCUUCUAUGAUGGCGGCUCUAGCAACAGUGAAAGAAGUGGUAAACACCCAAAGCUGUCAAAUGAUCACCACUGGUAUUCAAUUUGGGUUUUUAGGAUGUCUUAGUACGGUUUCUACUUUCGCGGCUGAGUACUAUGCCAUGAGUCAGACCAAGCAUUCUUGGAGAGCACAUGUAUAUGCUGCAAUUACAAUUCUACCUUCUUUUGGCUUGGGUACUCUGAUAUACUCCUUACCUGUGUGGGCAAAGGGAUACAAGUAACAGAGCUGAAAAGAGAUUGUAAACCCGAUGUAAAGUUUUACAACUGCCUAAUGGGAUCCCAACUCGAGAACGCGUAGUCUGGUAAAAAUAUUGUUUGGUAUCAAUACCCAGGCUCGAGUCUGAUCCCGCUAAACCUUUCAUUUGCGUUUUCGUACUUGUUUUGUACAACAAAAGCUUACCAAAGUCAAGUAAAUGCAAAGUUUAUAACGUAACAGAAGGACCAUUGAAGUUAGGGGGCACUCCAUGUAGUUAUUGAUUGCAUGCAUAUGAUUAUUAUGAUAUCAGUCGUUAUCUUCCGUUAUAAGUUAUCAUCGUUUAUAUUACACUUUAUUUGCACGAUCAUCUAAAAUUUUAUAAUUCCCUCAUUUUUGUAUGGGUUUCCAUUGAAGUUUAAUCAAUUUUGUAGUC